CGGAACUAUCCGUCGGGGACAGCGGAUGUCGGGACACCCGGGCCCCACAGGAGCCGCACUUCCGGUCCGUCCGUCCGUCCGUCGCCGCGUUCCCCGUGCCGAGCAAAGAUCUUUGGUGCCGAGAGGUUAUAUAAUUAAAGAUGGAUUGUCUGGAUAAUAUGCUAACAGAACCCUUGGAUUUGGGAUCUGCCAGGGAGAUUAAUGGUGCUGGUAUCAUGGAGGAGUGUUUACUUCGAGGAACCAGGGUCAGUCUCCCAGAGGAUCUGUUGGAGGAUCCUGACAUCUUCUUUGACGUGGUAAGCCGCAGGACGUGGGAAGGGGUGCUCUCUCCGGCCCAGCGUGAUCACCUGAGGAAGUUUCUCCCGCAGUUCCCUGAGAAUAACCGGGAGCAGCAGGAUGGCAUCGUCGCGGGGCUCUUCGGUGGGGAUGACUUCCGCUUUGGAAACCCUCUGCACAUUGCUCAGAAGCUGUUCCGAGAUGGUUACUUUAACCCGGAGGUGGUGAAAUACAGACAGCUCUGUACUAAGUCCCAGUAUAAACGUUAUCUCUACUCCCAGCAGCAAUACUUUCACAACCUGCUCAAACAGAUCCUCGUCUCCAGAAAGGAGUUGCUUGAAAUGGCGAGAAAGAGUGGCCCUCAGCUGCCCCUGAAGAGGAAGUACCAUGCGCCCUCCAGCCAGGAAGAGAGAGAGGAGGAGAGGCGAGCACAGAGCCGCUAUGAGAAGAUCGUGCGGGAAGUCAAGGAGGAGUGUGAAGAUAACACCAUCUCAUCCGAUGAGGAAGAGAUGUGCUCGUGGUUCCCUCAUUCUCCGGUACAUCCUCCGAGUCCCAAUGUAGCACUGAGAGUGGUGCCCACCCUCUCCACACAAGAUAUGAAGACAGUCGGUAAGCUUGAAUUGGGGGAUGAAGAUUUGAAACUGAUGUUGAGGAAACACGUGGAAAAGCGAAGGCACCAGCCGGACCAUCCAGACUUGGCUACUGGUGACCUGACUCUGAACGACAUCAUCGGCCGCAUGAAUGCUGGUCGGAGAGGCUCGCUGGCAGCUUUAUUAGAUCUUCCAUUCCCAAAGAAAAGGACGAAAGAUAAAGAAGAGAGGAAGAAAAAGAAAAUGAAAGUGAUAAAACUGGAGCCCGAGGAUUUGGCCGAGUCGUCGGGAGCAGAGGGACCGAUGGCACCACCUCCAGAGCAGCAGGUGACACCCAAGUCGGUCACUACUCCUGAACCGACCCUUGACACAGCAAAGUUGACAACAGUUCCGGGAAUCACAGCUUGUUUCUUCAGUCUGCUGCAGGAGAUCUUACUGUCAGAGGGAGAGGCGAGUGUGGCCUGGAUUGAGGAGAAAGUGCUUGACUGGCAGAUCUCUGCCCAUAGUGCGUUAAACUGUUGGUUCCCAGAUGCCUCAAACUGGUCAGAACUUGUUCAGUCCGCUCUGCGCUUCCUUUCAGGAGAAGGUGCACUUGGUGUCGCAGCUCUUCCGUCCAACUUCACUCCGUACGUGAACUGCAGAGAGCGGGGCCAGCACUGGAAGUGGAUCGGUGAGUCUGGUUCUGGACGUGAGUCGGAGAAGGAGAUUACAUUGUUGUGUCAGCUGUGGUUCGAAGUCAAGGAUCAGACCUUGCCCAAGGAAUCUGAUGAGCUUCAAGACAUCGCACCUCCAACACCAAGGGUGCGGACAGACUACGUUGUGAGACCCAGCACUGGAGAUGAAAAGCGGGUCUUUCAGGAACAGGAGCGCCAGCGAUACAGCCAGCCCCACAAAGCCUUCACCUUCCGCAUGCACGGUUUUGACUCUGUUGUAGGCCCGGUGAAAGGAGUGUUUGACAAGGAUCCUUCGCUCAACAAGGCACGGGAGCACUCUCUGCUGCGGUCUGACCGGCCAGCCUAUGUCACCAUUCUGUCCUUGGUGCGAGAUGCUGCCGCCCGUCUGCCAAACGGGGAAGGGACUCGCGCAGAGAUUUGUGAACUGCUGAAGGACUCCCAGUUCCUGGCUCCUGAGGUCACCAAUGCCCAGAUUAACACGGUUGUGAGUGGAGCUCUGGACAGACUGCAUUAUGAGAAAGAUCCAUGUGUGAAGUACGACAUUGGGCGCAAGUUGUGGAUUUAUCUGCACCGGAACCGGAGUGAGGAGGAGUUUGAGCGCAUUCACCAGGCCCAGGCUGCAGCAGCGAAAGCCAAGAAAGCUUUGCAACAGAAACCCAAGCUGACCACCAAGAUUAAGUCCUCGUGUAAGGAGAGUACAACAAAGCUUCCUCUGUGUGAGCAGUCUCUGGGGACCCAGGUAUUGGCAGACUCCAGCUUGCCCCACACACCUGUGACUCCAGUCACCCCGACAUUGCCAGCUACACCCACCUCACCGCCGGCACCCAUAGAUGGCAGCAAAAUCGUUACCACCAGUGCACCAGAGCUGGUCAAACCUGGUCAAAGUGUUUUGCUGAUGUCCUCGCCCUCAAUGCCACAGCUUGGGAACCUUGUAUCUGGAUCACAGCCAGGACUUCACACAGGGCCCCAGACCCAGGCUCAGAUGCUGUCUCACUCAGUGACUGCCAACGUUCCCCAGGUGCGGGUAGUCACCGCCCAGCAUGGCAUAGCCACGGCUGCACACCCACCCUCUGUGGUGCAGCAAGUGCAGCAGCACCAGCACCAGAUCCGGCUGCCCACCGUCACCGCCUCUGCUCACACUAAAGUGCUACCUCAGUCUAUUCUGACCGUGCCAGUGAAGGCACAGUCUGGGGUCAGCACUGUUCACAUUCAGCAAAGUUCCACCAAAGCAAAUCUAACAAUGGCUGGAAUCGGCACGGCUUCCAAGACGGUGUCCAGCACACUCAGCAGUGCUGCGUCGAGCUCGGCCACCACCAUCCUCCAGAACGUGGCUGGCCAGAGCAUCAUGAGGCAGGUUGCCAUUGCGGGCCAGCUUGGCAUGAAGACCCAGUCGGGCGCAGGAAUUCCAUUAACGGCGACCAACAUCCGUAUCCAGGGGAAGGACGUGCUACGCCUGGCACCGUCCUCCAUCACCACCGACUCCAAGGGCCAGACGGUGCUGCGCAUCACACAGGAUAUGAUGGCCACGUUGACCAAAGCCCCGGUCACCACCGUCAAACUCACCCCUGACAUGCUCGGGACCAAGGGCAUUUCAGCCACUCUGCACGUCACCCCAGCCGUGCAGCCCACGGACUCCCUGGUGAAGACCUCCAGCUGCACGAGUGCCUCCGCCACCUCCGCCAUGGUCAAGGUCACGCCAGACUUGAAAGUGACGGACGCUACCAGCGCCACCAUCCGCUUAAUGCCCGCCCUGGCUGUAACCGUUGCUGACCAGAUGAGCAAAGCUUGUGCUCCCCUCUCCUCGACGGACACCAAGCCGACAGCCACCAUCCGCAUCAUGCCCGGACUCGGGGUCAUUCCCAAACACGGACAGGCCAUUGCCGUGGCAACUUCCAGCAAGCCCUUCACAGCUGCAGGUGCAAUAUCCUCAGCUGCAGUCACACUAACAACAGUCAGCACUGCUGCAUCAAAGGCCGUCACCAAGGUGACACCAACAGCUGGACUGCCAAUCUCUUUAGGAACGGGUACAGCCACAGUCAGGCAGGUUCCUGUCAGUGCAACCAUGGUGACCACUACACAGGCGACCAAGCUGCCUGCUACCAUCACCGUGCCUUUGUCAGUGCUGAACCAACCUCUCAAAGGAAAGGGCGUGAUGGCGGGACCAAUAAUCAAGGGCAACCUCGGGGCAAACAUCAGUGGACUGGGAAGGAACAUCAUUCUCACCACGAUGCCUGCGGGGACCAAGCUGAUUGCCGGCAGCAAACCCGUCAGCUUUGUCACAGCCCAGCAGCUGCAGCAGCUCCAGCACCAAGGGCAGGCCACACAGGUGAGGAUCCAGCACCUUCACCAGGGAACGUCCAUCAGCUCCACCAAGCCGAUCUCCACUGUUGUUGUGACCACAGCUUCCUCAGUGAAACAGCCACCAGACUCGUGAACACGGGCAAUGUCUCUCACACAGACUCCAUGUUAUUUAUUCUCCAUCGUCUGCUUCUCUGUUCACACCUCGUGCUCUGUACCCAGUGCCAGGAGCCCCCUGUACAUACACACACUUGUAAUCUGCCAUCCUCAUGAAAUAUAUGUCAUAGCAGGAAUCCUCCCUGAGUGACGUUCCACAGACCGAUGGCUCGUUACGCCAGCCUGUGCCGGUCCCGCUGAUUUUUGGUGCACCCGUAAUAAGUCUCGCUCUCGACCGAGGGCACAGCCGGCCUUGUGGUGAAUCCGUUGAGAAGGGGGAAAGCUCGGAACAAUCGUGAGAAGUCUGAAGGCAGCUGGGUCCAUGUGAGGGUGCGUCGGGUAGAAGUUGCCCCAGGUCCUCUGCCCACCAUACUGUGUACAUAGUCAUAUAUAUAUAUAUAUGUGUGUGUGUAUAACGACUGUACAUAGUCAUGUUAACAUUGCCUCGACCCAAUACAUGGGUGCUGUGUCUCAGACCCAUUUCAUACAAUGCUCUAACCAGUUUCUGGUGUUCUCUGUUAUCCUGCACUACAUUUGCUGUUAUUUCACCACAUUGAAGGUAUUGUACAAUCAAAA